AAAUAACAAUUUGUGAGGUUAGAGGUUAGAAAAACGAAAAAUUCCUAAUUUCCAAUUAUUUUUUGAAUUUCCUCUUUAAAACGAACAAAAAACCAAAGAAAAAUGCAGCUCAUCCUACGUAACAUCCCCAGGUUUUUUCACACUUCAACACCAAAAGCUCUAGCAGCAGAAAAGUCGGCUUUAGGCACACUCCGAAAAAAAACUGGCUACACAUUUACCAAUUGUAAAAAGGCAUUGGAAAUGCACAGCAACGACAUAGAAAAGGCUGAAGAAUGGCUGAAACAACAAGCUCAAGCUUUAGGUUGGUCAAAAGCAACAAAAUUGGAAGGCAGACAAACUACACAAGGUCUCAUAGGUGUUGCUAUUGAUAAUAAUAACGGGGUUUUAGUCGAAAUUAAUUGUGAAACAGAUUUUGUUGCUAGAAAUGUGGAAUUUGAAAAUAUGGUCAAAGAAGCGGCUGAAAGUUGUUUGAAUUAUCUAAAAAACACACAAAAAUCUGGUAACUCUAUAACAAAAGUUGGUUUAGAUGCUGAUCAAUUGAAAACUUUGAAAGCUAGUGAUGGGAAAAGUUUGGCAGAUAAAUUGGCGCUUAUGAUUGGAACUGUUGGAGAAAAUGCCUCAUUGAAAAGAGCCAUAGGAAUUAGGGUUAAUAACGGGAUUUAUUUAACAGGUUACGCUCAUCCAUCAGGAAAAGCCACCAGUAACAUACUCUUAGGCAGGAUAGGAAGUCUUCUGGCCAUAAAAAAUUUAAAUCCUGAAAAUCCCAAAAUAGAGGAAUUGGCAAAAGGUAUUUGUCAGCACGUAGUUGGGUUAGCUCCCAAAGCUAUUGGCCACAUAGAUGCUAAGCCAGCAGAAAAUAAAGAGGAAGAAACAAAUUUGAUUCAUCAAGAAUAUUUACUGGAUGACAGUUUGACUGUUAAGGAAUUACUUGAGGAGAAUCAAUUGGAAGUAGUUGAUUUUAGGAGGUUUGAAUGUGGAGAAAAUGUUGAAAUAAACCAGUGAAUUGACAAAUUGAAUUGGCUUAGCUAGUGGAAACAGUUCGAUUGAGACAAGCCAUCAUAUAGGUACUCGAAAACUGUUUUGUAAAUAUUAUGGCAUUUAUUCUGUUUUUAAAUAAAAUGUUUGUACAUGAGAAA